AAACAGAUUCUUACUAACAACUAAAAUCAUGGUUCGAUACAAUUGAUAAAGCACCCUUAUUAAACGUACAUAUGUUUCAACCAUUACCAUCCAAUAAUACAAGGUGAGCUUGUUAAUAUAUUAUGAAUUCAUUUUUUUUGUCGAUAUGAAUUAGCCCUUUUUCCUUUCUUUCAACGAGAACUUGUUUCCUUAUUUGACUACGUAAUUUUUGUCUCUUUUUUUUUUUAGUUCAUCAACUUCAUUUUUAUUAUCUGGUUAUGGUGUUGCUAAUACAUAUACAUCAGAUGAUAUUGUUCGUCGUUGGAUUUAUAUUUUUGAGAAUUAUGGUGAUAACAAAUAUAUGAAAGCAAUGCGUUUAAUGAGUGGAUUCUUUGCAUCUCUUCCAAAUAUGAAAUUACAUCAGCGACCAGAAGCAUUUGAAAUACAUUUACCAUCAAAAUGGCCGUGGUUUUAUCUUCGACGACAACAGUUAUUAUUAUUUCUACAGGAUCCUACACAUUUAGCUACAAAGUGGAGAAAUCGUUUAUUAUCUUCAGCAGAUAUUAUCGUUUCUGAAAUCGUUUAUUAUUCAACACAUAUUGUACGUAGUAAUCCCAAGACAUCAGGAACAUUUGUUUAUCUUCAUAUUUCAUUCUUAUUCAAACCAGUGAGUGUCCGUUGA